AUGUGUUUAAGCUUAUUUAUUUUUGCUUUAACAGCAACUAAUUAUGUUUCUACGCGAAUUAUUGGUAUGCCAACGAACGGCUUGACAAAUUCAAUGAGUGGUGCGCUUGCCAGCGCAGGGUCUCAAGCAAGCGAUGGAAGUGACGACGGAACUCCAUCAAUAGAACUUUCUAUGGAUGGAAUCGGUUCAAUGCCAGGUACUGUGAUGAAAGCUAUCCUAGGUAACCAAGAUGAUGAAGACGGUGAUCAAGAAGAUGAAUUCGACUCUUCAAGUGCAUCAUCAUCAGCAGCAGCAGCAUCAUCAUCAUCAUCAGAGGGUGAAGACGACACUGAUAACGAGAAUGGCGAUGAGUACGGUCCAGAAAAUGAAAGUGGUAAUGGAUAUGGUAACGAAAAUAAUUCAGAAUCAGGUGCAGACUCAGGAUCUGGUGCUGGUGCAGGCUCAGGUGUAGGCUCAGGAUCUGGUGCUGGUGCAGGCUCAGGUGCAGGCUCAGGAUCUGGUGCUGGUGCAGGAUCUGGUGCUGGUAACAGAAACGAUUCUAGUAGAAGAUCGGGUUCAUCUUCUAGUACAUCGUCAUCAUCAUCAGAAGGUGAAAACAACAAUGAUAACGAUAAUGAUAACGAAUAUAGCUCAGAAAAUGAGAAUUUCAAUAAAUAUAGUUCAGGUAAAGAGAAUGGUUCAGCGUCAGGUGCUAGUGCCGGAUCUGGUAAUGGUAAUGGGCACAGUUCUAAUAGAGAAUCAAGUUCUUCAAGUUCAUCAUCAUCAGAGAAUGAAGACAGCGCUGAUAACGAAAACAGUAACAAUUAUUCUUCAGGCAAUAAAAAUAAUGGUUCAGGAUCGAAAUCAUCUGCAAGUUCCGCCGAAAGCUCAGCUUCGGAAAAUAGUAACAGCUAUGGAUCAAGCAACUCAGAUAAUACUGGCGGACAUGGUUCUGCUCAAGGAUCAAGUUCAUCUUCUAGUGCAGCAUCCAGUUCAUCAUCAACGAAAGAUAAUGAAAACCGUGAUAACGGGCCAAUUCGCAGGAAUACUUCAGCAUCUUCAGGUUCAUCUGGCAGUGGAAACGGCAAUGGUUAUGGAAAUGGUAAUAACGGUUCAGGUUCAGGUUCCGGUUCAGGAUCUGGUUCAGGAUCUGGUGCUGGUUCAGGCUCAGGAUCUAGUGCAGGUUCAGGAUCUAGCUCUGCAGCUUCUUCAGGUUCAUCAGGCAGCUCAUCUGGCAGUGGAAACGGCUAUGGUUCAGGAAAUGGAAAUGGUUACGGAAAUGGUAAUAAUGGAUCUGGAUCUGGAUCUGGUUCAGGUUCAGGUUCUGGUUCAGGAUCUGGUGCAGGUUCAGGUUCUAGCUCUGCAGCUUCUUCAGGUUCAUCAGGCAGCUCAUCUGGCAGUGGAAACGGAUAUGGUUCAGGAAAUGGCAAUGGUUACGGAAAUGGUAAUAAUGGAUCUGGAUCUGGUUCAGGUUCAGGUUCAGGUUCAGGUUCAGGUUCAGGUUCAGGUUCAGGUUCUGGUUCAGGAUCUGGUGCUGGUUCAGGAUCUAAUGCUGGUUCAGGAUCUGGUGCAGGUUCAGGAUCUAGCUCUGCAGCUUCUUCAGGUUCAUCAGCCAGCUCAUCUGGCAGCGGAAACGGAUAUGGUUCAGGAAAUGGCAAUGGUUAUGGAAAUGGUAAUAAUGGAUCUGGAUCUGGUUCAGGAUCUGGUUCAGGAUCAGGUUCAGGUUCAGGAUCUAGCUCUGCAGCUUCUUCAGGUUCAGGUGCAGGUUCAGUAUCUAACGGUUAUGGUUCAGGAUCUGGUUCAACUUCAGGAUCUAGGAUCUGCAGCUUGUUCAGGUUCAGCAUUCAGGUUCAUGUGUCAGUGGACACGGUUAUGGUUCAGGAAAAGGCAAUGGCUAGUGAAAUGGGUUCAGGUUCAGGUUCAGGUUCAGGUUCAGGUUCAGGUUCAGGUUCAGGUUCAGGUUCAGGUUCAGGUUCAGGUUCAGGUUCAGGUUCAGGUUCUGGUUCAGGAUCUAGUGCAGGUUCAGGAUCUAGCUCUGCAGCUUCUUCAGGUUCAUCAGGCAGCUCAUCUGGCAGCGGAAACGGAUAUGGUUCAGGAAAUGGCAAUGGUUACGGAAAUGGUAAUAAUGGAUCUGGAUCUGGAUCUGGUUCAGGUUCAGGUUCUGGUUCAGGAUCUGGUGCAGGUUCAGGUUCUAGCUCUGCAGCUUCUUCAGGUUCAUCAGGCAGCUCAUCUGGCAGUGGAAACGGCUAUGGUUCAGGAAAUGACAAUGUUUAUGGAAAUGGUAAUAAUGGAUCUGGAUCUGGAUCUGGUGCUGGUUCAGGAUCUGGUGCAGGUUCAGGUUCUAGCUCUGCAGCUUCUUCAGGUUCAUCAGGCAGCUCAUCUGGCAGUGAAAACGGCUAUGGUUCAGGAAAUGGCAAUGGUUACGGAAAUGGUAAUAAUGGAUCUGGAUCUGGUUCAGGAUCUGGUGCUGGUUCAGGUUCAGGAUCUAGCUCUGCAGCUUCUUCAGGUUCAUCAGCCAGCUCAUCUGGCAGUGGAAACGGAUAUGGUUCAGGAAAUGGCAAUGGUUACGGAAAUGGUAAUAAUGGAUCUGGAUCUGGUUCAGGUUCAGGUUCAGGUUCUGGUUCAGGAUCUGGUGCUGGUUCAGGAUCUAAUGCUGGUUCAGGAUCUGGUGCAGGUUCAGGAUCUAGCUCUGCAGCUUCAGGUUCAUCAGCCAGCUCAUCUGGCAGUGGAAACGGCUAUAGUUCAGGAAAUGGCAAUGGCUAUGGAAAUGGUAAUAACGUUUCAGGGUCUGGUUCAGGAUCUGGUUCAGGAUCUGGUGCAAGUUCAGGAUCUAGCUCUGCAGCUUCUUCAGGUUCAUCAGGCAGUGGCAACGGUUAUGGUUCAGGAUCUGGUUCAGGUUCAGGCUCAGGAUCUGGUUCAGGAUCUGGCACAAGUUCAGGUUCAGGUUCAGGAUCUAAUGCUGGUUCAGGAUCUGGUGCAGGUUCAGGAUCUAGCUCUGCAGCUUCUUCAGGUUCAUCAGGCAGUGGCAACGGUUAUGGUUCAGGAUCUGGUUCAGGAUCUGGUACAAGUUCAGGUUCAGGUUCAGGAUCUAAUGCUGGUUCAGGAUCUGGUGCAGGUUCAGGAUCUAGCUCUGCAACUUCUUCAGGUUCAUCAGGCAGAGGCAACGGUUAUGGUUCAGGAUCUGGUUCAGGUUCAGGCUCAGGAUCUGGUUCAGGAUCUGGUUCAGGAUCUGGUUCAGGAUCUGGUUCAGGAUCUGGUGCAGGAUCUGGUGCAGGAUCUGGUGCAGGAUCUGGUGCAAGUGCAGGAUCUGGUUCAGGAUCUGGUGCAGGAUCUGGUGCAAAUUCAGGUUCAGGUUCAGGAUCUGGUUCAGGCAAUGGGAAAGGUAAUGGACAUGGGAAGCAUGGUUCAGGAUCUGAUUCAGCUUCAGGAGCUGCUGCAAGUGCAGAGUCUAGUUCAGGUUCAGGAUCAAGUGCACGAAAAGUAGGAUCUGCAAGUUCAUCUGGUAGCUCAGCGUCUGGAAACAACAGUAGGCCAGGAUCAGGUUCACGACCAAUUACAAACAAGCAAUCUAGGUCUGGUAUGCAAUCAGGCUUUGGAAGCGCAAAAGCUAGUGCGUCAAGUGUACUCAGAUCAAAUCCUGUGAAUAAAGCAAGCAAAACUUCAGGUAACUUGAUUUCAUUUGAGAUGCCUGGAUUUGAUCUAAGCAUGGGUCGUUGAAUUUUCUAUAAGAUGAAAUGUUAAACGUUCCAAUAAAUCAAUAAAAUUUAUUUUUAAUUUCAGUUGAA